AUGAUGAAACAACAACUCGGAAUAUUUUUACUGGCCACUUGCCUGAUGAUCUUGUUAUUAUCCAGCCAAGUAUUUUCAUUAUCGGAAAAAGUAAAUAGACAACAAUUAGAGAAGGAAUUUGCAGCAGCAUUUGAAAAGAAUGAACGUCAUAUGAGAGAGAACAAAAUUCACAAAAUGGAAAAAUCGGAAAGAUUCAUCUCAACUCCUACAAAUCAUUUUGUUAUAAAAACAAAAACAGAUUCAACAGAAGCCGAUGAUUUGAUUAAGAGAAUUGCUGAAGAAUUUUCUCUUGUUCAAGUUCGUAAAAUUCCAGGACCUAAUUUCACAGCUCACAUUUUAAGAAAGACUCUCCAAUCAUCAGAUAACGAACGAUCUGUCAGAGCUGCUCUUGACACCCAAGCUAUGAGUAACAUUGUAAAGAAAUAUUCAACACAAAUUUUGGAUUUCUACAAUGAAAAGAAGAAUAACUAUUCUAAACGUUAA